AUGGCAGCGUUGUCCAACGCCUCAGUGCGCGAUAAACGCAUCAAAGUGUGCGUCCGCUUACGCCCCUUUACGCGCACCGAGAAACUCAAGGCUGGUGGAAAAGCGGCCUGGACAUGGCAUGAAAAUACUAUUUAUCAGCAGAUUUUCCCCGCCCAGAUCCCAUCGCGUGUAGCUACGAGCGAUGGCGAAGAGAAAAGAAUACGCAGCGGUGGCUCGACAGCAUCGUCUCGAAACAUGACGCUACAAACUACAACAUCAAAACUACCAUCUACGUAUACGUUUGACCAUUUGUACCCUCCAGCAUCUCCAACACAAUCGGUGUAUCAAGAAACUGUGAAAGAUGUCAUUAUGGCAGCAAUGGACGGGUACCAUUCGUCUGUCUUCCUAUACGGCCAGACAGGCACGGGAAAGACGUAUACAAUGCAGGGUGGACGUGGCGACCCUGGUCUCAUUCAAUUAAGUGUUCAAGACAUUUUUGAUCACAUUACACGCCAUUCAAGCAUGGAAUUUUUAUUGCGCUUUUCAUAUCUCGAGAUAUACAAUGAGCAAAUUUAUGAUUUGCUUGCAGCAGGCGCAAAAUCAGACAUUAAGAUCUACGAUGUGCACAAUCGAACAGCAAAAGCAAACGACUUUUCUAAUCAGGAAUUUCAUACUAAAGACGUUGUGAUUCGAGGGGUACAAGAGGAAAUUGUUCUGUCAAUGGAGCAUAUUCUCUCGCUUGUAGAAGUCGGGAAUCUACAUCGUCAUAUGGCUGUGACUGAAUCCAACGACCAAUCCUCGAGAUCUCACGUUGUGUUUCGAUUGGUGAUUGAGAGUCAAGCAAAACGAAGUAGUCGAGAUCGUGACGAUGUAGCACCUGUACGUUCAGCAACGCUAAACAUUAUUGAUCUUGCCGGUUCAGAGAGUGUACGAUUAGCCAACACAACUGGACAAGCAUUAGAAGAAGGCAAAUAUAUCAAUCGCAGUUUACUAACUCUCGGUCACAUCAUUUGGAAACUCAGUCGUGACCAACAUCGAACAGCUUCAAGUGGCACAAAACCAGCAAUUUCUACUCAUUUACCAUAUCGCAAUUCAAAGCUCACGCGUAUUCUUCAACCUUCAUUAAGUGGACAAGCACAAAUUGCUAUUGUCUGUACAGCUUCACCUUCUGUUGAAUGUCUAGCAGAAACACACAACACACUGAAAUUCGCAAGUCGUGCACGAAGAGUACGGAAUCGCGUGGUUGUUAAUGAAACUUUGGGUGAGUUUGCUUUGCUAAAAAGGUAUCGGGCUCGUAUUCAAGAGCUAGAAGAGCAACUUGCCCAAUUACAAAAUCAACGAAGACCAAAAAGCUCAGUAAAGUCAACUCAGUCGCCACUUCAUGAGCGUCAAAUGGAACUCAAAUUUGCGAUAAAUAAUAUCAAUCGGGUCAUUUUAAACUCGUCACAAGCACACGAGCGACAUCAUGAAGAAGAAAUUGCGACUGUAGACAAUGACAUGCGUUCUGUUACGAACGCAUUGCAAGAGACUCAACACAGUGACGUUAAUGCGACUCAAGGUGAGCAAAAUUCACCGCCACAACCGAUUGAAGCUCGACAACCUCGUGAGAUGGAGCAUCAGACAUCUCGGACACAAUCCAGAAUCGCAACUCGUCCACUGCUUCGACGUGAACCGAUCCACAGUAUUGGUAGUGAAAGAGAGACUGAUCAAUUGCCUGAAGAGAAGAAUCCAGGUGUCCGACCACGUCUUGUUCAUUCUGGUAGCUCUGCAAAUACGUCAAGCAAGACACUUAUUGGUAGUGGUGGUAGUGCAAGUACUAAAACAUUACCACUCUCGACUUCAUCAUCUCGUCAUCUUAUGGACAAUGAAGAUGAUUUGGUUGAAACGAAAGAAGAAUAUGAAGAAUGUGAACCAGAACAGGAAGAGGAGGUAGAGCAUAGAAGUUCAAAUAAUGGAGAAAGUUGUCCGAUCUCACAAUCUAGUAACCGGCCGUCACUCACAGCGAUGCUCAAGAAUAAAUAUCUUGACGAGUUAUCGAAGAUGGAGCAGCGCAUUGGUAGAUGGCAACGCACAGAAGAAAGUGAAUUAUUUAGCCAAAAAGAACUACUGCGUGAAUUUGUACGUGGUCUUGAAAUCGCUCUCGCUGAACAAGAGACGCGUAUGAGCAAAAUUCGAGAACUAGAGUUUGAAAAUCGUCAAUUACGUCAAACUAUGGCCACACGCGAAAACGAGAUAUCGCGAUGA